AUUAAUAUGAGCAUGUCUUCCCCCGAAGUGGAUAUUGACGUGAACGUAGUGUCUAGUCCGGAACCUAGCCCUCGUGGACUUGCAGGUUCGGAUAGUCCCAAUGGGCCGCAUAGCGAUGAAGAGCAUAUAUCCUCACCGGACAGUUCGCUUUUUCAUAAUAGUCAUAUGAACCGUCAGUCGCUUGUUAGUCACCUGUCCCACAAUGUAACUAACCAACAUGGUUAUCACACCAUUGCCAGUGGCCUAAGCAAUAAUAAUACGAGUUAUUCACAUAGUCCAGAAUCACAGCUUAGUCCUCCAAAGACGCCUCCGCCGACGGAUUCCCAUCAGCAAUCUACUGGUGGAAAACUUUCUGCAACUUCCGGAUAUACCAGUUUUUCAAUCUCCAGUAUUCUAAGCCGACAUGAACCUGCAUCGAAAAAAAAUGUUGGUGUGAUUACACCUAUACCAUCGCUACCAUUAACGGCAGCGGCGGCGGCGGCUGCUGCUGUCGUUUCAUCUAAUGGAAACAUCGGAGUGAAUGGUAAUACUAGUCCACAGGAUACAGCUAUGCUUACCAGAUUGGGAUUCAUGUCGCAGUGGAGCGCGAUAGCAAAUCGGUAUGCCGCCUUGUGUCCUCCCGGAUGGCCCUGGCCAUCAGCAGCCCAUCGGAUACCUUUUCACAGUCCCACCAAUGAUAGUACGGGAAAUACGUUGGAGAACCAAUCCCCCUCUUUGACUCCUCCACAAUCACAGCAAUGCAAAACGCCUCCACCGCAUUCGACGUUUAUAGGAGCAGUUGGCGGUAAUGUUAGUCGAUCGAACGGUGGUACUGCCGUCGGUACGCUAGGUGGCUCCCACAAUGGGCUCGGGUCUGCUGGAAGUAGCCUAGGUGGCUGUAGUGGCAGCACUGGUGGUGAUGAUUGUGAGUCCGAUGACGACGGUCAAGAGAUUAUCGAGGAGGAUGACGACGGUAGCGAUAGGCCGUCGGAUUCUGCCUCGCCAAAUUCAAACGGUGCAAUGCAAGCUAAGCGGAAAAAGAAGACUCGGACGGUAUUUUCUCGUGCUCAGGUAUUCCAACUAGAAUCGACAUUUGACUUGAAGAGGUAUCUAAGCUCGUCGGAGCGUGCUGGGUUGGCAGCAUCACUCCGUUUAACGGAGACACAGGUAAAAAUCUGGUUUCAAAAUCGUCGUAACAAAUGGAAACGGCAAUUGGCGGCCGAGCUAGAGGCUGCAAACAUGGCGAAUAUGGCGCAUGCGGCCCAGCGACUCGUACGCGUGCCUGUGCUAUACCACGAUGGAUCCGGUGGUGGCUUUGUCCCUCCUCCCCCACAUCCCCAUCCACAACAGUUGUACUACACGGCAACAGCAGCAACGCGUGGUGGAAGUCCUCCAAGACCGCCGCUCUCUUCGUUGGUUUAA